AUGGUCUUCCGGUCGGCUUCCUAUACCCUGCGGAACCUGCUUGGAAAGAAGGAGAGUGCGCCCAAGCCGCCAAAGCGCAGCAGCACACCCCGGAGGGAUGGUGAUGGCAAGCCCAAGCCGAGCGGCUUCCGCAUCAUCGUGCCGGACUACUGCCGGCCCGGCCAGGUCAUCUGCGUCCAGGGCCCGGAUGGACAACAGGUGGAGGUGACCGUUCCCAUGGGGGCCGGCCCCGGGCAGCCCAUGUGGGUGCAGGUCCAGCCACAGGCCAGCGCCAAUGGCGCGGCGUCUUCAAAUCCAGAGGAGGAAGCCGAUUCUAUGGUCCGAGUGCUCGAGCAGGACGCUCACAGCGCAUGCGAGUUCGCGCAGCAGAGGCUCCUGGAUGAGAUGCAGAUGCAGAUGGCAUUGUGGGCCUCUGCCGAAGCGUGCACCAGCGAAGGUGCCGAGAGCGAUCAGCUGCAGGUGGCGGCCUCCCAGCCUGAGCUGUCUCAGACGCAGGCAAUCCUCCUGGCAGCAGCUGAGGAGGGCAAUGCAGCGCAGCUCCUCGCCGCACUGACGGAGGCCAAGAAGUUCAGCGUGGUCUCCAUCUCGCUGGAGGAAGCCGCCAAGGGCUUGCGGGAGGCGGAGGAGGCGAUGUUGACUUGGCGAUGCCUCCGGAAGGCCCUCAAAGAACACGACCGGCACGACCUCGAGGUCUGGAUUGAGCACGCUGCCAGCCUCGGCCUGGACGUGCCCGCUGUCGUGGAGCAGGUCCUGGAGGCCCUGCGCGGGCGGGAGGAGGAGCUGCUCCAAAGCCUCGAGAAACGCCGGGACGUGGAGCAGAGGCUCGAGUUCGCGGAGGAGUGCGGCGAUGCCGAACUCUUGGCACAGGUGCGCCGAGAGGCCGAGCUCCUCGGGGUGGACUUCACGAGAGGUACUGUAGGCGCGCUCGCGUUGGGAGACUGGGAGGACGAGACGCUUCUCCAUGCCUCGCUGUGUGACAGCACGGCCUUCGGAGACCUGCCAGCGGAAGCUCUGAGCUGGUGGGGCCUCGGAGCAAAAAUUCGGAGAAGCGCUUCGAAGCUUCGGAUGUCGGAGGCUCCCGUCCCGUCUGUGGCAGCCCUCCGUGGACUUCGAGGCCGGUCUCCAAAAAAGAAGCUCCGCUCCUUUGCCACUUUGCUUGGCGAGGAGCUGCCGCUCUUUGUGUCCUUGCGCCCAGGAGCGCAGGGGUUCCUCAGCUGGCUCAAGAGCAAUGAGGACAUCGAGAUCGCCGUGUAUACCGCGGGCACUCAGGCCUAUGCCGAGCAGAGCGUGGCCAAGCUGGGUCUUCAGGGCUUCCCCGCACUCUUCCGGGAUGAGUGUGUGCCCUUUGGCCUGCCGAUCACGAAGGACUUGACCAAGCUUGGUCGCGACCUCUCCCGUGUGGUGCUGGUCGAUAACUCGAGGAGAUCCUUCUGGCUCCAGCCGGAGAAUGGCCUGCUCGUUUCCGACUGGACCGGUAGGAAUCCUGACGACAAAGAGUUGGAGCGCGUUCGCCGGGAGUUGGGGGAGCUGCUGGCCCUGGAGGAUGUGCGGCCCACUCUUUCGCAAAGGUCAGAGCCAUCCGGGACGCUGCCGGUGCUUGUAGUACUCGCCCUUGCGGUGUGCCCUGCUUUGGUUGAUCACUCUUUGAAGAAGAUGCGUUCAACUAAUUAA